AUCCAUACCUUGACAACUUCAUCAGAAUCUCGCUCUACUCUCAAAUAUGGUUUUCCUUGCCGACUGGGAAAAGGAGCAUCUGUUCGUCUACGGAAUUUUUGGCGUCCAGCAUAAAGAGGGACAGACGGAAAACACCACAGCUAUCGUUGAAUCACUGCACAGUCUGUUGACUUCAUCUGCUGGACAAGUCGAUCUUCUCACCAAUGAGAGCCACGGUCUUGCAACAGAGACCGAGCUUCAUACCACUACCUUUGUUGCUUACUGGCUUGAUGCGACCGUGUAUCAGGCAUGGGCUUCUUCUGGUGAGGUUCAGCAUUUCUGGAAUACCCUUUACGAUGAUGCUGGAGUCUGGCGUGAAGUCAUGACAAUUCCUACCUCGCGGUACAUGUUUGCUGCCAAUCAGAAUUUCAGAUGGGGCCUCACAUGCCUGAUCGAUAAGCUGAGAGCGAGCAACGACGAAGGUUACUGGGGUGUUUACCGGCACAGAAUUGGCUCCAAAGACGACACCUUCACCUCGCCAUAUAUCACAGCAGCAAAGGCGAAGAGAACAACAGAUGAUAUCAAAAAGGCGAGCGGUCUUCGCGUCCUUGAUAUACCAGCAGAAGGUCCAAAAUCUUCGAGCAAGGUCAGACUUGGACGUGUACGGCUGAAGAAUAUUCCCGACAACAUCUGCUUCGUUCGGGAAGGACAACGCCAGCCCAAUAUCGCCAAGGAAGAGCUUGGUCUCUGGCUUGAGAAGGUCGCGCCUCAUGCAAGGUCAUGGAUUGAACACCUUGAUCUGCACAGGGAGAAGAAUGGAGUGCUGUCUUUCUCGACCCAUGUAGGCCAGGAGUCAAAGUUGACCGACUCAGAAGCGGCAGAAACUGAUCAGUUGGCGUAUUUCCUGGAUCUUGCCCACUUUGAGGCGUCCGGUCGGGCAUUUAAGGGCCAUGUACAAUUGAGGAAGACUGUCAUGGAGAUGUAUGGACCAGGAGGACCCAUGGAGGGUAUUGGGAAAGCUGAGCUAUAUGUCGAGCUCCUUAUCUUGAAGUCUGACGAAUUCGAUGCUGAGUAUGUUGGGUGCCUUGAAGGAACCGGUCUGAUGUAUCUGAAGAACAUUGAGUAG